AUGCUUUAUUGCGAACUCAUGAUCCUCAAAUUGCAGAAUCGCCUGCCACCGCCAGAAAUCUUACGCAGAGACUAUUUCGAUCGCAUAUUGGCCGAUAAAGAAGCUACUACUGACAUCCCAGCGGCAUGGUUCGCGCCAGAACUUGUGCAAGCUUACCCAGAAGCCUUGGUAAUUCUGAACCGGCGCCGGGAUCUAGGGGCUUGGAAAGUCAGCUUCCGAGCGUCAGUGCUGCCCAUGAUGCAGAGCUGGAAGUAUUGGCUGGGGAGCUGGUUCAACGCCGAACUCUUCUGGGGUGUUUGGUUGACUGACAUGGGGCAUGACAAAUUCCUGUUCCGCGGUGAUUUUGAACGCAACGCUGAGCAGGCCUAUAUGGACCACUAUGAGGGACUGGAAAGAAUGCUACAAGAGGAGGGCCGCGAGUAUCUGGACUGGGCAGUCGAGGACGGCUGGUGA